UCCCGUUCCCGUUCCCGGGGCGGGUCCGGGGCCGCUGCGCAGCCGCAGAAUGAGAGCGGUGCAGCUAUGGCCGCGAUCUCGCUGGAGACCGUCCCCAAGGACCUGCGGCACCUGCGCGCCUGCCUGCUCUGCUCCCUCGUCAAGACCAUCGACCAGUUCGAGUAUGAUGGCUGUGACAACUGCGAGACAUAUCUGCAGAUGAAGGGCAACCGCGAGAUGGUCUAUGACUGCACCAGCUCCUCCUUUGAUGGGAUCAUCACCAUGAUGAGCCCUGAGGACAGCUGGGUCUCCAAGUGGCAGCGGAUCAGUACCUUCAAGCCAGGUGUCUAUGCAGUGUCUGUGACCGGCCGCCUGCCCCAAGGAUAUUCCAUGAUUCUAUGAAGUGAAGGGAUUGUCCGAGAGUUGAAGAGCCGUGGAGUGGCCUACAAGUCUCGGGACACAGCCAUAAAAACCUGAAGGGCCCUUGUGCUGCCUGGAGAUCCCAGUGUUGUGUGGAAGAAGCAGUGGGCACUGCUCCAAAACCUCAGCUUUAUCCUGUCGGGAAGUGGGGCUGGACUCUGAGUGUGCUGGCUCAGCUCCCCUCGCUCAGUACCUCCAGACUCCACCACACCACAGACCACAGACAUUUAUCUCAGCCUUGACAGGGGGGAGGGUGUGAGUAGAGCUGAGAAAAGGUGUUUAAUCAUGAUGCCCAAGCUUUUUUAUAAUUGGUGUGGGAAAGAGGGGAUUUAGGAAAUAGCUGUGUAAAUAGUUUAAUAAAACCCACUGCCUGGUCA